AUGAGCAAAGUGGACCAGAACAGGCUGCUGAACCCUACAGAAAUAGCUGACUUGAUCAAGGGGGAGAUCUAUGUCCCCACACUGUUCGCUGGUAAGAAGUAUGGAUUGAUCCGGAAUGCACAAAUUUGCCUGACAUAUUUGCUGGCUCUGACACAUUUGGGCAGUGUGACACUAUCUGGAUUUUCUUUAAAAAAAGAAGAAAGUAGAAGGGACAAAGAAUGUAACAGCCUAAGCAGAGAGCAGAAAGAAAACAGUGAUUCCUCUGAGAUUGAGCACCAUGGAUCUACCAGACAGGCAUGGUUACUGUCCAAGCCUGUAGGAAUAACUUCAGAAGCAUCUGCAUUGGGACAGAACAUGACUGUCAACCUCAGUGCCUCCAUGUCUACAUUUGCUACCCUGCCUGUUCUCCCAACUGCCCCCCAGGCAACACUCCAAUUAUUCUGGGAAGCCCCAGCACACCUACUGAAUAGAGGCAUCUCUCCCUGGAAUCCUCUAGUGUUUUCUGCCUUGCCUGGGAUGUCUUUGGUGGCAGAAGCUGGAAGUACAACUCUGGAUAUAGCUGUACCUCUAAACAUUGUGCAAGUGGGGACACCAGGCAGGCCUGUAUAGCCCAUGCCCAAUGCCAACAUUGUCCUCACAGAGGAGUCCCUCAAUUGUAAUGUCCCUGUGACCCAAGGUGGGGGUAUGGGUUGCCCUGCUUCCCUCUUCAUGACAGCACCUGCUGCAAAUACCUUCAUAAAUGAUCAAAUUGCUUCAGAUGUCCAGCCCCAAGAAGGAUUGUGGGUCCUGGGAUCUCACUCUCCAACCACACAGCCAGUUGUCCAGCUGGUUCCUGUCAGGUCCCCAAUUAACUCAGCACCAUCUCCAAAAGGAGCAGUUGGAGAGAGUUGUGCAGCCACUGUUCAAACCAACUCUCCAGAAAACUGCUUGUCGAAAGACAGUUUCUAUGGGAAUUUCUGGCACUGGAAGCAUAUCAAGACUCUGGUCCAGCAGCACCUAUCCCAGACUCCAGACGUGUCAGCUUUCUCCUGCUUCCUCAUUCCAAUGCUUCGGUCCCUGGCUCAGAACAAUCCUACCAUGAAUGUCGAGGAGGGCCUGUGGAGGAGUCUGCGGGAAUGGCAGUGUACAAGCAACUAUGACCGGAUGAUCUUCUUUGAGAUGGCUGAAAAGUUUACAGAAUUUGGGAGUGCAGAAGAGAUGGAGAAUUCAAGCAUGGGGAUGGAGAAUUCAAGGCUGGAGAUGAUGAGAAGUAUCCAGUGCCAAGUUCUUACACCCACAAUGCAAGAUCCUCCAAGGCCCCCAGCUUCUGAGGUGUUUGAGGAACCAG